AUCUCCAUCGGCGAAGACGCGGUCGCCGUCUCUCAGAUCUCGUUCCAGCCGCCUGCCAUACGCAACGUCCACGUCGCGCUCAGAGACGACAUCGGAAUCAGGUCGAUCUCCGUCUCCACGACCUUUUCCUUCAUCAACAUCGUGACGGCGUUGCGUCCUUCGGCGGCCACUUUCCAGGAGCCGAUCGGCGGGGCGGUGAUCCGGCCACUGCUGAAGUUCUUGGAAGACACAAAUUCUUUCUUCUUGGUAAAUCUUUACCCGCACAACAUGUACGGAUUUCGCUCUCAGAUCUCUCCCCGAUUUGCUCUGUUUCAUGAAGGCGCUUCCAAUUUCGGCACUGGAGUGCGGGUUCGUGAGGAUGAGGGUGUCGAUGAGGGUGUUGGGGGACAAGGCGUACUUCGUGGGGUGCAGGCUGUCUUUCCAGGAGCCAUCGGCGGGGCGAUGAUCCGGCCACUGCUGAAGUUCUUGGAAGACACAAAUUCUUCCUUCUUGGUGAAUCUUUACCCGCACAACAUGUACGAAUUUCGCUCUCAGAUCUCUUCUGGAUUUGCUCUGUUUCAUGAAGGCGCUUCCAAUUUCGGCACUGGAGUCCGGAACGGCAAUCCGUUCGAGAUGAUGGUGGAUGCUGUCGUCACUUCCUUGGAGGUCGCCGGCCACGGGAACAUCCCCUUGAUCGUCUUCGUCGCCGAGACGGGCGAGGGAACACCGCUGAGGAAAGAAGGGGUAGUGCCAGCCUACAUCUACGAGCUGGUUGAAGCC